AUGACUGAAGAAAAACAACUCAUUUUAGACACUAAAACCUUUCACAAACGCGCACGCAUUUUGCAAACUACCUGGAAGGAAUCGUUGAGUAAAGAUUCUGGUGACGAGUUUCAAGGAGCUGAAACAAUACUCGUUAUUGUCGGUGAUCUACUAGAAGAAUAUCCAUAUCAAAAGUCUACGGCGAUUCAGACAUGGCUUUUGGGUUAUGAAUGGAAGGAUACAUUAAUCCUGUUUACACAAGACAAAAUACAUUUUGUGAUUAAAGAAAGGAUAGCUGAAGUUUUAGAACAGUUAAAUCAUGGCGAUAAACAAUUAUCCAUCGAGAUUCAUAAAUAUACUAAGGAUCAAUCACAAAACAAGAAAAUUUUUGAAUCCAUCCUUAGUUAUUUGAAGGAAGGAAAUUUUGUACAAGAAUGGCAGGAAGUUUAUGAAGAUUUAAAAGCCGACAUUGAAGAAGUUGAUGUCAGUGCUGGUAUUGCAUCAGUUUUAGCUAUUAAAGAUGAUGAUGAAUUGAAAACAAUCAAAGCUGCCUGCAAACUUAGUUCCUUGGUAAUGCAACAUUUCAUUGGAGUUGUGACUUCCAUUAUUGAUGAAGAGAAAAAAGUCACUCAUGAAAAGUUAUCUGAAGAUAUUGACAACAUAUUGAUAAGUGAUCAAAAUUCUUUCCUAAAAAAAGGAGUUCAAGACGUUGAUCUUUCGCGAGCAGAUUUUUGUUAUAGUCCAAUUAUUCAAAGCGGUGGUGUCUAUGAUUUUAAAUCUUCGGCCGAAUCUGAUGAACGAGUAUUACAUGACGGAACAAUUCUUUGUUCAUUUGGUCUACGUUACAAAUCUUAUUGCUCAAACAUUGGCAGAACUAUUUUAUUUAACCCGACUAAGGAACAAGAAAAGAAUUAUGAAAUUCUUUUAGAACUGCAGCGGCGUAUUGUUGAUAAUAUAAAAAGCGGUGUUAAACUUCGCGAUGUUUAUUUGAAAGCCGUAAAUUUUGUUAAAAGCAAGAAAUCCGAUCUUGUUAACCAUUUCGUAAAGAGCCUUGGUCAUGGGAUGGGAAUUGAAUUUAGAGAAUCUGCAUAUUCUAUUAAUUCCAAAAACGUUAAAGAAUUCAAGCCUGGAAUGGUUUUUAAUUUGUUUAUCGGUUUUCAAAAUUUAGAAAAUCCAAAAGCCACAGAUGAAAAAGGCAAAAUCUAUUCACUUUGGAUAAUAGAUACCAUUAGAGUUUCUAAUGAAACAGCAACUUUACUCACAGAGGGAAAUAGAAAAUUAGAUAAUAUGGCCUUUUCUUUUCAGGAUGGGCCUGAAAGUGAUCAAGAAUCAAAAAAAGAGAACAAACGUUCUGCUCAAAAAGUUGAGUCAAAAAGAUCCGCUGCAAGGAAAUCUACCAUUUUGAAAAGUAAAUUCAGAAGUGAAGAUAAAGAUGAAGAUUCCGAGCAAAAACGUAAAGAUCAUCAGGCAGAAUUGGCUAAGCAAAAGCAAGCCGAAGGUUUGGCUCGUUUUGGAGAUGGUAUAGAUCAUCAAACAAGCCAGAGAGAAGCCGUUUUUAGAAAAUUCGAAAGUUAUAAGAGAGAUACGGCCCUUCCCAAGGAAGUCAAAGAUUUAAAGAUAGUAGUGGAUCAAAGAAAUGAAUCAGUUGUUCUUCCGGUGUUCGGGCUAGCUGUUCCUUUUCAUAUUUCUACUUUGAAGAAUGUAAAUAAGUCAGAAGAGGGAGAUUUUACUUAUUUGCGUAUAAAUUUCCUAACGCCUGGACAAGCUUCUGGAAAAAAGGAAGAUAUGCCAUUCGAUGAUCCAACCGCUAACUUUGUACGUGCUGUCACUUAUCGAAGCACGGAUGAGAAUUUGUCUGAAAUAUAUAGGAAGAUUGUGGAGCUUAAAAAGACCGCUGCAAAAAAAGAAGCUGAAAGGAAAGAAAUGUCGGAUCUAGUUGAACAAGAUAAGCUGAUUGAGUUAAGAGGUCGACGACCAACAAAUCGAUUGUCGGACGUAUUCGUUCGUCCAGGCCUGGACGGAAAACGUAUACCUGGUGAAUUAGAAAUUCAUGAGAAUGGUUUGCGAUAUCAAUCACAUCGCUCCAACCAAAAACUAGAUAUUCUAUUUAGCAACAUUCAACAUUUAUUCUUCCAGCCAUGUGAUAAUGAACUUAUCGUGUUAUUACAUAUACACCUUAAGAAUCCGGUUAUACACGGGAAGAAAAAAACCCAGAGUGAAGGCCGAGUGGAUGUUGAUAUCCCCUUCAGAGAAAUUGCCUUUCAGGGUGUUCCUUUCCGAACCAAUGUGUUAUUACAGCCCACAACGGAUUGUCUCGUUCAUUUAACGGAUCCUCCAUUUUUAGUAAUUACAAUCGCUGAUGUUGAAAUUGCUCAUUUGGAGCGUGUUCAGUAUGGGUUGAAAAACUUUGAUCUGGUUUUUAUUUUCAAAGAUUACACACGAAAUCCAGUGCAUAUCAACACAAUUCCCAUGAAUCAAUUGGAAAAUGUUAAAGAUUGGCUCGAUCACGUGGACUUGGUUUUCUACGAGGGACCACAAAAUUUAAAUUGGACUCAAAUUAUGAGGACAAUUAGUAAAGAUCCGGCAGAUUUCUAUAAAAACGGAGGAUGGUCUUUCUUAAGUAUGCAUAGCGAGGGUGAUGAUUCGGAGACCUCUACGGAAACAGCUAGUGAAUAUGUUCUCAGCGAGAGUGAAUUUAGCGAUAGUAGCAGCGAUGAUGAUAGUCGUGUUGACGAAGAAGUUUCUGAAUAUUCAGAAGAAACAACUGAUGAUAGUGGUGAAAGUUGGGAUGAGCUUGAAGAAAAAGCGCGUAAAGCUGACGAACGAAAGGAGGUGCCGAAACGUAAAGAAGUAUUUGAAGACACGCGAGGGAAAAACAAAAAAACUCGUCGUUGA